AUGAAUGUCAUUGCAUCCGUCACACAAUCGCGUGUGAUACACGCGACACCAUCUAUUAUGGCCCGUCUUGCCUCAACUACUCUUCCAUGCAUGAAUUGCUGGGGCUCCAUGAUGCGACUCAAAGGGCCAAGUGAAUUAUAUCCCCGAUUCUUGACAACUUACCACAAAGCCGUGAGCUUUUCAAAAGUACAACUACCAGCCUCUGGUCAACCUACACAGCCUGUUAAGAAGAUAAAAGUCUAUCCACCUCCGCCGUCGCCGGCCCAAAAAUUCAAAGAGCCUAUCAAAGACUUAACAGCCAGCCACAUUGCAGCGCUAGAUCCGACGGGGGCGCGCACGAAUCUCUUCAUUCGUACAAACCCAGAAGCCGCGAAAGUAGGUGAUGUACUGCUCGUCCGCCCUACAAGUGGCAAUCCAUUUGCCGGUGUUUGUAUCAACAUUCGUCGCCGCGGCGUAGACACGGCUAUACUGCUGCGUGGACAGUUGACACGCGUUGGAGUUGAAAUGUGGUACAAAAUCUACAGUCCUCUGGUCGAAGGUAUCGAGAUAAUCCAGAGACGAGCCAAGAGGGCGAGAAGAGAACGCUUAACCUACAUGCGCAAGCCAAAACACGACAUGGGAAGCGUGCAGAAUCUUGUGGUAGCUUAUAUGAAGGCUAAAGGUGCUAUGAGGAUCGGCUCAUCGCGAUCUAAUCACAGCGGAAAGAGUCAGGGAAAAAACAGUGGGAAGGGCAAAAAAUAA